GGUGUUUUAUAAAAAGAAUGAAAGAAAUGUCUAUCAAAGAAAACAAGAAGCAAAAGCCAUUUUCCGAAAGAUUAGAUACUGCUACUUCACUAAGUAAUAGCCAAUUGUUUGUUAAAAAUUUUUGCAACAUUACUCAUCAAGCACAAGAUUUUAUUCUUAUGCAGUUGAAACUGGCAGGUAAAAAGAAGAAAGCAAUGCGAUACACCACAAAUGAAAAGCUUUUAUCAUUAUCACUAAUGAAGGAAAGCCCUAAAGGAUAUAGGCUAUUACAAAAGAUAUUUAACUUGCCUACUAAAAGAACUCUAAAUCGCCUUGCUGAAAACAUAACAUUUGAUGUGGGCAUAAAUGAUAAUAUUUUUAAAAUAUUAAAAAACAAAGCUCAAAAAUGGACCACAAAGAAAAAAUUGUGUUCAAUCCUGUUUGAUGAAGUAGCUCUCACGCCUCAUCUCACAUAUGUUGAGUCACAAGAUGAAAUAAGGGGCUUUAAGGACCUUGGGAAUAACAGAGAAUUUAAAUUUUGUGAUCAUGCUCUGGUAUUCAUGUUAAGAGGAGUCUGCUCAAAGUGGAGACAACCUAUUUCAUUUUAUUUUUGUGAGGGUACUACUGCAGCUGUUACAGUUGUACAGAUUUUGAAAGAAGUGGUCACAAGAGUAUGUGAGUCAAGCUUGAUACCCGUGGCUGUUGUGUGUGACCAAGGUUCUACAUUUCGAACAGCUAUAAAUAUAUUAAAGAGAGAAACAGAACGCAAAAAGAAUUUGAAUGAACAACAUUAUGAAACAUAUGUGGAUGGCGAAACUGUCAGUGCAACCAUGAAAACUACAAGCGAAGCAGUAUUGUUAAUAGACCAACUAUUUGGUAGUGUCGACGGAUCACAAAGGGACUCUGUCAAAGGAAAAUUAAGAGGACCAGUAAAACCGAACUCCAACCAAUUUGAUUUCUGGAAUGAAGCUAAGGCUAUAUUAAAAAACAUUCAAUUUAUCGACAAAAAUAGUCGCAGGGCACAAAAGAAUAAGAAGACCUAUAAAGUCAAGAGUUCCUUCUCUUGAUGAAUGGAUAACAACAAUUGAAAGUUUUCAAAGAAUAUCGCAAUUGUUAUUUUUAAAAUAUAACAUAGAAUAUUUUUAUCCAAGGCACAUAAAUCAAGAUCCCUUAGAAAACUUUUUUGGCAGGAUCAGAGCAAUAAAUUAUAGAAAUGUUCACCCGGAUGCAAAUACAUUUAUUAAUGCUUUUAAAUCGUUAUUGAUGUCCAAUGUUAUGGGUCCACACUCAAUGUAUUCAAAUUGUGAAGAUGACGAAGGAGACACAAUAGUGGACUUUUUUAAAUUUAAUAAAAACAGAUGUCACAAGUUUACCGAUGAAGACAAAGAAAAUGUUGCACCCAUAACAUUGGAACAAAACAAUAGCAACAUCAAUCAAGCAAUAAAUGCACGAAAUGAAAGGCUCCGGGUGCACUCAUCUGCAUAUACUGCAGGGUACAUUUGCAGGAGAAUUACAAAAACAAUUAAAUGUACACGUUGCUCUGAUACAUUUGUUGAAAAAGAAAGGGAUAUAAUUCAUACUUGGAUUGAAGUGCGCGAAUACAAAUUAAUGAAAACCAGUAAAUUGACAUAUCCAUCAAAAAAAUUUUUAAUGUUGUAUAGAGAUGUCUCUGGCCUUGUACAUUGUUACUUAAAUAAAUUUGCAUAUAAAAAAUGUAUAAAAAAAUUAAUAAAAGUCGAAAUUCUUAAAAACCAUGAUUUAAAUUGGUUGGGGUGUUCUCUACAUAGAUACAAGAGAAGUUAUAGAAUGCUUCAAUGCUUAUAUUUUACGCCUCCAUAUACACAACUGGUGUAACAUCUAUACUUACUAAUAUUAUAAAGCGGAAGAGUUUGUUUGUUUGUUUGUUUGAUUGAACGCGCUAAUCUCAGGAACUACUGAUCCGAUUUGAAAAAUACUUUCAGUGAUAGAUAGCCCAUUUAUCGAGGAAGGCUAUAGGCUAUAUUUUAUUUUCAAAAAAAUUAGGGAUCCUUCCUGAAACUCCAAUAAUGUAACCCAAGGUGUACAUGGCGUGUGUUCGCGCCUUCCCAAAAGUCUGCUAAGUCCCUCAAGCAUUGUCAUUGCUAUUCAAAAGGCCAAGGGGUUGCAAAUACAGCAGCGUCACUCACUCGACCGUGAAAUGACCUCACUCUCAACCAACACGAGCACGAGACGGUUGUAGCUUGCCAAUUUGUCAUCGGACCUAACCUUACUUACAAUAAACCUUUUCAACCUU